UGCCUGGCUACCGUUACCUUAGCGAGCGUCUCUUGAUUAUAACAGUUUUCCACAUUUGAAAUGUUUUGGGCCAGGCUUUGAAUCAAUAUCGCAAAUAUUACGUUCCUCCUGAGCAUUAAUCGUCUGCCAGCAAACGGCUGAUUCUCGCGCUCUUGUGAGGAAUCCUACGUCAGCGAGCAAGUUUUGCUCCUCUAAACAAAAUGGCGGACAAUGAAGACGAUAAUAAUUCAGCGUCCAAAUCUGCUGCAGCGACAGUGGAAAACGUCGACGCGAGCGGAUCUCCGCCGCAGCCCGAGACGACACAAACCGCAGCCGAAGCGGGAAAUGAUCAAGAAGACGCAAUCAAGACCGCAGAAGGGGGCGUUGAUCAAGGCCUCGCCGAGUUCAUGCACAGCGAGUCGGCGGUGGAUGUCGGAGCUCUGGACGCCACGCAGGAGGUGAUCGGGCAGAUCGUGAGCGGUGAGGUGAUAACCGAUCCGAACAUCAUAUCGUCUUACGUUCAGGCCACUGCAGAGGCGGGUGUGACUGCUGAGUGCACCACUGUGAGCGGCGAAGUCUUAAACGCUCUCGCGCCGACGACCACCAUCAUUUACGUGCAGCCCGACGGCAGCUUCGUGGAGAGCUCGGGGUUAUCGGCCGAGGAGCAGCAGCAGUUAAUCGAGCAGUUAACGAAACAACAGUUAGUCCAUGUGGCAGGUACUGAGAACGCAGUGAAAGCAUCCACUUCCCCCAUAGUGGACGUGCAGCAGGUUAUAGUGAGUAAAGCACAGGUGAUCGCUCAGGCCGAGCCGGCCACGACCCACACAACGACCCCAAAAAUACUGCAAAGACCUGUCACGACGCAGACCACGUCCUACAUUGCGCUGGAAUCCAGUAGCUUGCAGCUGGCGACGGCGAUCCAGCCGCAGACGGUCAGCGUCGUGCAGAACGCGUCGCAGCAGCUGCAGAGCGUCGCCAAACAGGUCGCGCUGCAGCAGGCGCAGAAUGGAGCCCACACCACCACACAGAAGGUAGCUGAGCCCAUCCAAAUUCAAGUUCAGGCACCUCUGAAGCAAGACAAUAAACAACGGCAGACAACCCCAAUAACAAUUUUACAGCCGCAGAAUCUGUCAGCCAGUCAGCCGCUGGUGAAGGUUUCAACCGUAGGAACACUGAGCAGCCCACAGAUCUUCCACAUCACCCCUGUGCCAGGACAGCAGCAAUAUUUCUUACAAAACCCAAGUGAUCCUCCAAUUCAGCUUCUCCUUCAGAAACCAGCUCCUGUUGUUAGCACCAUUUCUGUCCCCAUUAGUAAGGUACACGUCCCGGCACCUGCCACGGUCAAGAGUCCCCCAGCCAAACCAAUAGUUCCUACCCCAAAGAUCCUAGUGCCGUCUCCGAAAGUUUCAUCUUCUCCAGCCAAGGUAACAAUUCCUUCCAAAAUCAUAUCUGCGGAAACAAAAACCGCAACUCCAGCUGUGGAAAAAAACACACAAAAAGUUAAAAACCGCCAGAAGAAACCUCCGAAAAUCCAGACCCGAUCUGGUCGGGUGUCCAGACCACCUAAGCACAAGGUGAAAGACUACAAGUUUAUUAAGAACGAGGACUUAGCAGAAAGCCACCAGUCUGAUUCAGAUGACUACUCUGAGAUAAGUGUGGAGGAUGAGGAUGGAGAGGAGAGCAAGAAGAAGACCUCAGAUGUGACACUUAACCUCCGCGACAAAGCCUUUAAAUGUGAUACCUGUGAGAAAGCGUACAUCGGCGUCGCCGGUCUGAACAGACACUAUAAGCUAAAUCCCACACACGACAAGAACCCGACGCCACCUCAAGCAGAAGACCUCUCCAAAACUAGAGAUGAACAGCCUUCAGGAACAGAAGUCACCGACACUAGUCAAGUGAAAACACUCAGUACUCAAAAAGUUCAAGAAAUUGGGAAGGUAGAACCCAGGAGACCUGGGCGGCCCAGAGGACCAGGACGGCCUGGUCGUCCUAGGAGACCGGGGCGCCCACCUAAAAGAGGACGACCAGGAAGGCCACCCAAGUACCCCAGAGGAAUGAGUUUGGAGCAGCAAGCACAAAGACAGAGGAAUCGACUAAAAGAAUUUAUUAAACAGUAUGACGAUGAAGAUCUCAUGGAGAUCGUUCUUCCGCGUCUGGCCAGAGUCAUGACUGUAUGGGAGUUUGUGCUGAUGAAGGUGGAAAAGGGCUACCCGUCAAAGCAACAGUUCCCGAGCGUGUACCAUGAAUUUGAACAACUACACAGCCAGGUGAAGAAGAUGGCCCUGGAAUAUUUGCACACUUCACCAGCCUCCCGGCCAGCCAUAGAGGUCAACAACAUGGGAGUUUUACAAUCUCUGGGUAUAACCGAUCCCAAUGCACUAAAACUCCUGACUUCCUCUGAAGGACAACAAAGUCAAAAGACAAAUCAGUCAGAGCCACGAGCAAAUCAGGCCACCAAGAGCCUACGGAGUAUCGAGAAUGCCAAAAUGCUGCCUCCAGCAAAAAGGUUCAAAAUAGAAAACUGCAAUGAAGAAACCAACGGGUAUCAGGUUAAUCAGAAUGGCAUCCAGAAGGACGAGAGUGUUGAUGGCUCUAUGCUGCGUAAGCCUCAGGUGGUGCUGACCAGACUGGAGGACUUGACUUCUGUAGAUCUAACAUCUGACGAUGCUACACAGAGCACUGAAAACACCGUCCCGGAGCGGACAGAGGAAGAGCCAAUGGAGACGGAAGUGUCGUCUUCGGAUUCUGAUGCCACAAAAACCGUAGAAGACCCUGAGAUCUCCAAGGUUCUGAACAGCAGCGUCGUGGUGGACAUCGUGGAUCAGAUGGAACAGCUGGAACAAGCUCUAAACACAGACUCCGAGUUCAAGAACUCGCAAGAAGCCGCUCAACAAGAGGUUCAAGACAGCCAGACCGACGCUCUCGAAGAUCCCGAGGCCAGUCAGGUGGUGCAGCAAGAAUCUCCAUUUAUCAUCCAGACAGCAGAGGGGCUCGUCAUGCAGAGCGCGGAAGAGUUAGCCGCCAAAGGCAUCGUCAUUGUCAACGGGCCCGAUGGCACCAUGAUGCACAUCGAGGCACCUGAAGGCGUUCCUUUAGAGACCGUUCAUGCCUUGCUGGGCAUUGAAACAGAAAGAAAGACUUAAUGGACUCCCAUCUUCACUUCCUGUUUUUGUCCAUUAUUCACACCAUACAUACGUUCUGUCUGUGUAAUGGUGUUUUUUCAAUGAACUUUUAUUGCAUUCUUUGUAAAUUUGUAUAAAAACAGUAUUAUUAUAUAUUAGUGUUUUUUUUUCCGUUUGUUUAUACAAAAAGAAGUCAUUGUUCAUUUCCAAUUUUAGAGAAUGUUCACUUACGUUGGCAUAUCUUAACUAUUGGUUUCAGAGUCUGUGACUAUGUAGCUGCGUGUUACAUGUCUCAAGAGGAAAGUGAUGACAUGGUGGGAAACACUUGUGACAACACACUAAAUUGUGGAGGGAAUCCAGUGUUUUUCAUUCUGGAAACUGAUUCUUUUACAACAUGCACAGAUGGGAGGAAAGAAAAUAGUAUCUGCCAAAACUAAGUUAUGGACUCCAGCGAGGUUCAGUAAAGCUGUGGUAAGAUUUUUGUGAUUACUGUGUCCACUUAGUUGGCCAUCCAGUGAAAUCUGUAUAUAACCGUUCCUUUGUUAGCAAGCCAGGCUGUAGUUCUAAUACAGUUUAAAUUGGUACCCCGUGAGAUUUCAUUUAUUCAAACACGUUUGUCUGUUCGUUUGAAAAUGGUUGAUGCCUAAAGGUCUGACCUAAAAACGUGAUCUUUUGAGAUGUCUUGUACAGCGGGGAUGUUUCGGUUUUGAUAACUGGCCACUCCAAGCCGUAAGAAAACGCUUUAGAUUUGUAAAACAAACUGAGAAAACUUGAGGUGCUUAUAAUCUUAGACUGCAGCCUCAGAUGUUCCAUUGUUUCUGUUAUUUAGUAGUUUGUCUAGUGCAAAAGUCAUUUGAAAAGUUGUUGCACUAUUUUAUUACUUUUUAUAUAAUAUCUGGUUUACUGUGUUUUUGAAACAUCUCAGCAUUUUUAAUACAAAGGGACAUGUUCGUAUAUGACAUUAAAACUUUUGAGUGAG